AUGGAAAACCCCCGAGCAGAAAUUGCAGAUGUUGUCAGAUCAAUCACGGAACCGCAGGAUCCGGAAACCGUAUUAAAGAACAUUGACAAGUACUUCACCGAGGAUGCGUUUAUUCUUCAUCCCAUGGCAAAUCAGCCAGAAUUGGCCAGAGGAAGAGACAACUUGAAGGCUUUGUAUUACAUGUUCCGCAAGGGUACCAAAGACAACAAGAUACAUUUCCAUGCGGUUAUGUUCAGCGAGGAUUUAACCCAAUGCACGUUAGACCUCACCGAAGAUGUUUUGGAUAUCAAAUCUGCCCUGUUUCCAUCCUUGGCAACAACCCAUCUAUCUCUUCGCUUCCUGGUGCGAGUGGACCUCAGAUUAGAAUCCGAUGGGAAAUACAGAAUAUGGCGUCAACAUGACAAUUUUGUUAGCGAUCUAGGAAUGUCGGGAUUCAAGCUAUUUCCUGGAGCCGGUUUUAUCAGUGACCUGCUGAAGUCUUCCGGGGCCCUAUUCACCAUUGCUAUUGGACGCUACCUUGCCGGGAACAUGAUCAGCGCAGCAGAAAGAAACCCUUGUUGCUUGAAGAAGUAA